AUGGGAAAGGUGAAACUCUUCCCCAGCCAAACUUACGACGUCAAGCAGCCGCGAGACCCGGCGGUCUGCAGGACGCCCUCCAACGGCAUCCUAUGCGCGCCGUCCGCGUCCGGGAAGACCGUUCUCCUCGUGAGCAUGAUACUGGAGCAGUACCGCGGCUGCUUCGAGCGCGUGUACAUCCUGAGCCCGAGCAUUGACAUGGACCCCCAGUGGGAGCCCGUGAAGGAGUACAUUCGGAAGGACCUGGGGGUCAACACGGACCGCGAGCAGUGCUGGUGGGACGACUGGAAUGAGGACGCUUUGCGGCAAAUCCUGGCCCAACAGAAGAAGAUCACCCAGAAAUCCAAGGAGCUGGGGAUGAAAAAACUGUUUCAAGUGCUCGUGUGUCUCGAUGAUCUGGCGGACUCGCCGCACGUGCACCGCAAAACGGGCGAUGGGAUCCUGGACACCCUGUUCAUCCGCGGCCGGCACUACUGCAUCAGUACCUGGGUGUCGACCCAGAAGCUGCGACUCAUGAGCAGCGCCGUGCGCGUGAACACCAUGUUCUAUUGCGUCUUCCGCUUGCGCAACCAGCUUGAAUUAGAUGCGCUGGUGGAGGAACUGAGCGCCAUGCUUCCCAAGGACGUGCUCUACGGCAUGUAUCAGGAGGCCACCAGGGAGAAGUACAGCUUCUGGUACGUGAACCUGCGAGCCCCCAAAGAGGACAUGUUUUGGGUGCGCUUCGAUCGCAAAUUCCUCGUAAACGAAGAUGGGGACGAUCCUCAGCCAAGUGGUGGGCAAGCUGCUGGGGAGCGGCCCGAUCUGCGAGAGCGAGUGCCACAACAUCAGGUGCUGCAGCAGCAGCGGCGUGUAUGA